UGUGUGUGUUGUAUAUUUUCUCUAUUCAUUCAGCGCACACUGAACGAUGCAUGAAACGAUUGGAAAUUUUCGCUUGGCUUUGCCCGUGUCUCGCGUCUACUUCGAUCGAAACAGCAACGGCGACGACGAAUUACGACGAGAAAAAAAAUGAAGAAUUCAAGAUGAAGAAGAUCAAAUGUUAAAAUAGAUAAAAAUAAAAUGCCUGCAACGUAUCUAAAUGCGCAAAUCUAUUUCUCGUUUGAUGUCACCCGUCUCUCAUCAUUUGGUACGAGCGCGCGAGCGUAAGAGACCGUUUCAAGAGAUCGGAGAGGAAAAAUGUGCACCAGAAAGAGAUAGACGAAUAAACAGAAGGAAAAAAAACAACGCACACACCACAAAUCUAAUAAAUUUCCAUUCUGCAUUCGAAAUUAGUGUUAGAGGCAACAACAACAAAGUAGAAAACUCACAACACAAAACGAUCCCUCUCUAACACUCACCUUACUACUAUAUGGGUAGGUCUACUUAGCAUAAAACUUUCUCUGUUACUUGCCUUAGCAUAACCGUACGUUUGUCUUGCUCUUUUGGAAAAAAAACGGUGGCCAUUUAUCUGCUGAUGGUAAAAUCACCUGUGAGUCGAUCGAUUCCAAGAAUUUAUUUUUUUUUGUUUACGCUCGUUCAAAGAAUUUCCGAGCCAUUUCGGUGGCCAAAAUGUGAUUGAAUAUCGAGAGAGAAUAACCCAGGCGAGUGAAUGAGCUGAAUUUUUCCCUGGUGCUGCUUGAAUACACCGAUUUAAUGGUCGUACAAAAUUUUCCAUACAUCAAUUUUUCUUAUUUGAAUUUCUCUGUUUUUCGUGGCUGGGCGAUUCGCAUGAGCGCCAUCUAUGGCCAAAGCUUCGAACAUUUGGUACAGCUUUCGUGAACUUUGGCCGUAUAAGCUCGGUGUGAGUGUGUAAGCAUUAGAGAAAUUUUCAUAACGGCCAGUGAAAAUCUAAAACACAUCUAACUCAAUUCAAUUAGAAGAGCUUCGUGAAUCUCAAUUCUGACUAUGGCACAAUGGUUUUGCGAUUGUUAGGUUGUUGUUGGCGUCAAUGCGACCGAUGAGAUUUGAAUUAUUCACACAAAUCCGAAUAAAACACUUUAAUUUGUUGAAUUGAAUGUGUGUUUUUGCAUGUGUUUCACAGGUUUUUCCAUUCUCUCAUUUGAAUUGGUCCCGAAACGGGUUGCCCUUGGCACAUAUCUUUGAAUUGGAUUGGUUCUGCACGAGACACAUGUCGCGCAAUUCUUGAUGAUAAUAAUUCAAGAAGCCACUUUUUUCAUCCGGAUUAUUCAUAGGAAGAGCGAGUUUUUUUUCACCUUCUUUUAAUCAAAUCUAAUUUGCUUUGUGCCAUCGCAAUAAUGAGAAUAUAAAAAAAACGUUGGUGAAAAAACCAGGUCCCGUGAAAGAGUGCCAUGAAAAGGAAAACGGCUGAUUGUGUUGACAAAAUAAAUGCAAUUUGACGUUUUGGGUUUGUUUAUUUAUUAUUUUGUCACCUUCUCUUACUCUCUCGACGCCGCAAUGACACCACGUGUACCACCAUGCGCCUCAUCUAAUGAACGGGCAAAAACAUAUCAGUGGGAGAGGGGAGAGGGAGAGAGGAAGCGGUAUGAGUACAACGUAUUUCAAAUUAAAAAAUCGCAUUUUGAAAUUGAACGGAUGAAUUUUAAUGUCAUUUCCGUAGUUUGUUGUCGAUGGUUUCCUGAUGGAAAGCGACAUUAAGGUGAACGGUGUUGCACUGUAUAAAUGUUGUGCCGUAUACACACACAGCGCGCACACAUAUACACAUACACACAUCAACCAUUUUCACCGUUCUCUUCCGUUCAUUUUUCUUUGUGUGUGCUCACUCUCCGGUUGCAUUGAAAUCGACAUCCUUCAUUUUCAGUGGCAAGUUCCGUUGUUAUGACAGAGCACAUUCUUUCACUCGCAAUUUUUGUUCACUCCGCUGGCUAUGAAUGAGUGUGUAUGUGCUGUCAUUGUGUAUGGCCUGGCUUACGGAGCAUUGCAAAAAGCGGAACCGAGCGCGAAGAAAAAGUAGGCGAAAACCAACAAACGUAAAAGAAGCAUGUAGCAGCAGCAGCAGCAGCAAAGUGUACUCCAGCAGAAGAAAGCACACAGAGAGGGGCAUGGACAUGGAAACCCGACACCUGCGCAAUUGCAAUCUAGAGCAUACAUCAAAUUCUCACUGAUUGAACAAAUAGUAUUCCUUUAACUCGCUGACUAUCGGUUGUGUAUACUUUUUUUUCUUGUUUAUUUUCUCUCAAACAAAUCGUUCCAUACACAACAACAACUGGCAACAACACGAAAGAAAAGAAUAUUUUCAUCGAAACUCUAUUUUUUUCGUCGAAUUUUCUCUCAUACUCGAAUAUUGUUGUUGUUUUUCUACUAAAUACGGUACUUUUAUUUCGGUUGGUUUUCUCUUUGGCCAAAAGGACAAUUUUUCUUGUGUGUGAACAAAAUCUGCCGUUUUUUUUCUAUUCCUGAAUAAUAAAAUAAAAAACUAAAUAAAGAAUGUUAUGCCCAGAGUCAAAUGAAUAGAGAAUAAAGUAUUUUUUUGACGGUCAUAUUGUCAUGUAUGGUUUAGAAGGAAAGACGAGCGAAAAACAAUAAAAAAAACACGAAACUAGAGAGAGAGAGAGAGAAAAAAGAAAAAAAGAAUAACAAAUCGUAUUUUACGGUGCAACCGCGUUACUUGCUGGUACAAGCUGUCUCCGCACGCCAUACACACACACACAAGGUGAACCCAUUGAAUUCUGUUUUUUUUCCUGCACGACACAUAUUUUGCGAGAGCAGUGUCACUCAGCCGAGCCAAAGAGUUUCGGGUUUCAAUUCAUACGAAAUCGACAACUGUUAUUAAGCCAAAAUAUGCAGUCACAUUUAUCUUAAGACCAUCUAGUAGUGUGUGCGUGUUGUUUUGUUUAUCUUUUUUUUAUCGAUAGAUUCGAAAAUUGCUUUACACGCGAAAAAUUCCAUAGCAAUGAAAACAUAUACCGAAUCAAUUAAAAUAUUCUCCAACAAUUCUUUCUUCUUCUUCUUUUUCUUCUUCUUUGACUAAGCUAUUUUGUUUUAAUAGAAAAAAGAAAUAGAAACAAUAUUUUAUUUUCUGAAAUGAACCCGUAAUUCAAAGCAAUCAAAACUAAAAUUAAAAUUCCCAUUUAUAUGACAUUUAUUUAUUCUAGUAAAACAAAAAGAAAAAAGAAUUCGCCAACCAAAUAGAAAGAUUUAGAAAUUUAUCAAAAUAAAAGUGUUUACAAUUAGUUGUUGAUAGAAAAAAGAAGUUUGUUGUUUGUUAUUCAGGUGAAAAGAAAUAUUGGAGAAAACCAAUUUUUUUAGUAGAUUUGCAUGUGCCGAGCUCGUUUGAAGUAUAUAUCUAUUUGCUUUGUAUUGGGUGCUUUUGAGCCGACAGCGCAGAAAUAAUAUUGUAAAUUAAGCUAUAAGCAAAUGUUCGUUUUCAUUUUCGUCAAUUUCUUUAUCGAAACAACUAGUUGCAAUAUAACAAUUAUAAAGCAAAUAUAAACACACAAAAGAAACAAUUAUUCUCUCGUUAAAUUUGUUUAAAAAAAAGUUUUAUAAUAUAAAACAGAGAAACAAUACAAAUAUAUUUUUGCUACAAGCGCGAAUUACCCAAACAAUAAUAGUAAUUAUUAAGUAAACUAAUAACAAAACAGAGUAGUAAAAGGGUAGUAAAAAGAGAAAAGGUGCGGGUAGGAGGCGAGAAAGAUGUAUUUCAAGUCGAUGGUCAUGCAAUAAGUGUGUGAGAAAGAGAGAGAGAGAGAGAAAGUCAGCGUUUUGAGGGAGUUUUGAAUCAGCUGUGAAUUGUUUGUAGUUUUUUUUUUCGUUCAAAAUUUUGUAUCGUUUAAAUCGUUUAAUGAUCGUCGGAUGAUAAACAAAAGUAUCCGUACAUUGGCUCAAUCUCCUGUGAUAAAAUAAACAGUAGUGAUUGCAUCCAUUUUCAAUCAAUCCCAUUUGGUUUUUUGGCGCCUGCUGCACGACUAUUUCCAACCCAUACACACUGCACACUUGAUGUAAACAACGGGUACAAUCGAGGUGUGUGUGUGUGCCUGCCGCUACUGAUAGAACAUGAUGGCUACGGGCUUAAAACUGGAUUACGUCGAUGGAGUAUUCAGUAAAAAAGUCAUAAUAUCAAAGGAGAUAUGCUUUGGCUGAUAUGGCCCAUACAUGGGAUACCAUUUAAUGUAUAGAAAGAGAGAUGAAUUUCGUUCGGCCCGCAACUGAACCAGAGACCAAAAACAACCAAACCAAUCAAGACGUAGAUUUGUAGCUGUUGCAUCGUUGUUCCAAACCAGAAAUGCAAUUGAAUAUUUACUAAGGAUAAACCAAUUGAAACAACACAAAUACAUAUUUUGAGACAAUAGAGUUUUCAACGGUGGAUCAUUUAUAUACAUCACAAACACAUACUCAACAAAACACCAAAAAGGGAAUAAAAUUGAAGAAGAAGCUAGAAAGAGCAGAACACGAACGAGAAGCGAGAUCAUUGUCAAUUUUGUAGAAGCAAGUCAACCCAGUUAAUGAGUGAUUAAUUGCUGUCGAGGAGCUAUCCAUUUUUGUUAAGGAAAACGCAAACGCAAUUACACAAUUACAUAUCAAUUAUCACAUUCAUAUAACCAAAUAAUAUCAACAAUCAACAAUUAUUUUAUUCAUUUUCACUCCAAAACAACAAAAAAAACUAAUUUACACGCGUUAUUACACCACGAUAAAAAAAAGAAACAUACGUUCAAGCCACACUAUUUCGUUCAAUUCAAAAACGGACGAAGAAAACAAGAGUUAUAUGAAAUACUUGCAACGGCAAGCGAACGAUGCAUACACUUGCGAUUUGCUUCAAUUUGUUUCGAUUGUUUUGGUCAAUUGACGUCAUGAGGAUAUUCAUGCAUUAAGGACUUGCAUUAAAUACGCCAUGGGAAAUGGAAUGAAUAAGGUUCUACCCGGCUUAUACGUCGGCAACUAUCGGGACUCAAAAGAUCAACAGCAAUUAGAAAAAUUCAAUAUUACGCACAUCAUAGCCAUCCAUGACAGCCCUCGACGACUUAUACGAGAUAAACAUUAUUUAUGCAUUAUGGCGUCGGACACACCGGACCAAAAUUUAUCGCAGUAUUUUUCCGUCUGCAACGAUUUUAUACAUGCAGCUCGUUUGCGUGAUGGUAACGUUUUGAUACAUUGCUUGGCCGGUAUGUCGCGGUCGGUGACGGUAGCGGUGGCAUACAUUAUGUCGGUCACACAAUUAUCGUGGAAGGAAGCAUUGAAAGUGGUUCGUACCGGACGAUCGGUCGCCAAUCCAAAUCAAGGUUUUCAAUUUCAACUACAGGAUUUUGAGGAGAAUAAAUUGCCCGAAGAGCGAAGGCGUUUAAGAGAGCGUUUUCCGACACUGACAAUGGAGUCAUUGGAUAAGGAUGAGUGUGCGGUGGCAUUAACCAGCUACCAACAGCUAUUGUUAAAUAAUGAUAUUUGUGAGGGGAAUUGUGUGCGAGGCCAGAGCUGUCCAACAGGGGUUUGUAAUGCGGAUACAAGGCAAGGUAUUUUCCGAAAGAAAUCGAACGCAUCACGAUCACGGCUGUCAAUGAAUCAAAAUCGACAAACAUCAUCGUGUCCAUCAUCGCCACGGCAAGGAUUACGAUUAAAUAACAGCACAUCAUCGUUGACUCAACUCGAUUCAAAUGCAAUGAACAUAGCCACCGUAUCAUUGCAUCGAAGUGCAAGCACGAUGAGCUCACUUCGACCACGAAGCAGCCCGUCGGGCCUUUUUUCAUAUACAGGUUCUGCUCCGCCGUCCGUCCAUGGAUCGCGCGUUGAUUUAUCAAAUUUGGAUAAGGGUUCAGCCAUUUAUUUGGGCUGUUCGCCACCAAGGCAAAACAGUUUUUCCGGCAUUCCAAGUACAAUAGCUGCACAGCUACCGGCACCGAAUACCACACCAAAUACCGGAGCCAUUAGCAAAUUAUCGAGCAGCCGAGGAUCAAGUCUAUCAAUAAGAUCAAGCAAAUCACCGAAAAAUACGCCACCGGCUAGUCCAAAGAAGCAGCAAAAUCAAACGAAAACACGAUCGACACCAACCAAUACAAUGACUGCCGCACCAACGACACCGUCAACAAACCGAAAAUUGAGUUCAGCGACAACAUCAAAACCAACGACAGUCGACAAAUCGAAACCACCAAUGCCGAGCUCAUCUGCAAAAUUGGACAAGAAAAAAUCAUAGGGAAGAAUCAAGUCUUUUCACACCAAAUAACACCCACAAAUACACCACACCACAUAACAACACACAGAGACAUAUUUUUAGUGAACUGUUUUUGAUUGAAACAUACAUUUAUUGAGCAUAGCAGUAUCACUGCGUUUUAGAUGUAAAACCGAAUAACAACAACUAACAAAAAGAAAUCGCCUUUAAACACCUUAUUUGAUUGUUGAAAUGAUGCCACUGUUGUGUCAAUGGUCGAGCUGUGAUGCAAACAUAAGCGAAAAAAAAUAUGACAACAACCUUUAAUUAAAAUGACAAUGUUUCAAUUUAGAGUGAUAGAAUACAAAGUUAGUAUGGUUAAGGAAAGAUUUUAAGAAUUGUUUAAGAUGAUGAUGUUGAACGGUCAAUUGAUUGAGUACAAAAGAAGCGACAAAUCUGUUGAAACCAGUGAAAAAAUCCCACGAAUGUUGAAUAUAUAUUAUAUGAAUCCAAAAACCAUCGAUAGAAACUAGGAAACCUACAUAUGCAAGUAAGCGCAUCUCAGGCAGGUCAUACACAUGAAAGUACGUUCCACACAUAGAAUGGAAUGCCACCGCUCAACUUAACAAGUCCACACUAAUAAUUGUUGCCAAAAAAAGAAAGAAAAAAAAAUGACAAGAGUUAUAGACGCUCAUUGUAUUAAUGAUUAUUUACUUUUACACCACCCAGUGCGCAUCUCAAUCGAACUGAUGCUUUCACUUACUAUCAAACAAUACUAUCGCAAUGAUCACCACCAAAUGCUUCAAUUUAUAUAUAUAUGUGUAUGUAUAUCAUGAACUCAGCUUUAAUUCGAUAUUUUCAGUGUAUAAGAAACAAAGGGAUCCAGUUAGCACAA